UAACCUCUAUACACACUGCCAUACACCCAAAUUUUGUUGAGCCCUAAUUCCCCAAAAUCUGCCAUAAUUCAUAUUUCAAACCUUUCCUAGAUACAAUCAUGGCUUCCGGUUCGGGUUCGGGCUCGGGUUCGAAAGCUGGGAAUACGGUUGUUGGAUGGAUAUACCAUGAUGGUAAUAUUAUCGAAUCUCAAUUAGAAGGUUUUAUUUAUGAUAAACCUGUUUCAAAGCAUGUUAGACUCGAUUUAUCUAUGAAUUAUGCCAAUUUAUGUGCUUUGUUACAUUCCAAGUUGAAGAUUGAUAGUAGUAGUAGGUUGAGGAUAUUUUAUAGGUCUAAAAAUCCCGAUAAUUUGAAAUUCGGGAUUAUACCUAUUGAGGAUGAUGAUGAUGUAGAAUUAAUGUUUGGUGUUGUGGUGUCAAAAGGGAUGCCAUUUUUUGUUGAACUUUAUGUAGAGAAAUUGUCUUGUGAUGGAAAUUUGGUAAGGAGUAGUUCGAGUGUGGGGGAGAAGAGUAGUGGGCGUGAUUCGGGGGGUAGUCAUUUUAGACAUGAUCAGGAUGUGGGUGAUAGCUAUAUGUCUGUGGAUACAUCCCAUUUAGAGAGGAUGACCUCAUUCGACGAUGUCGAGGUUGAAAAUAAUGAGGUCCCGUUGGAGUUGAAGGAGGGAAGGUUAUUUAGCACGAAAGAGGAUUUGAUGCAUGUGGUGAAGCAAUACCACAUUCAGAAUCACUUAGAGAUUGGAGUGAUACGAUCAGAUCCGAGUAGUUGGUAUGUUGCUUGCAAGUAUAGAAAUGAUGGUUGUAUUUGGAAGUUGAAAGCUAGAAAGAGGACUUCACAUGGUAAAUUUCAAAUCAUGGAGAGUGUAGGACCACAUACUUGCUUGAGCACUACCAUCACACGAGAUCAUCCCAACUUGACAGCCUCGGAGAUUGCUGGAGUGAUUAAAUCUCAAAUUGUUGCUGAUCCGACAAUUAAGGAGAAGGUGUUGUUAGCCACUGCUAAAGAUAAGUUUGGAUAUGAGCCGGGCCGAAAAAAGAUUAGGAAUGCAAAGAAGAUUGCAUUGGAGGAUAUUCAUGGCUCGUGGGAAGGAUCAUAUGAGGACUUGCCACAUUUGAUGGAAACUCUUCAGUCCUUCAAUGUGGGCACGAAGGUGGAGUGGUGCUUUAAGGAGGAUGAUGCAGAGCACCUAGAGGAAGUGACAUUUAGGAGAUUGUUCUGGGCUUUUAAGCCAUGCAUUGAUGGCUUCGAGUAUUGCAGACCCGUCAUACUGAUAGACGGGACUCAUUUGUAUGGACCAUAUCCGGGUGUUCUUCUGAGUGCAACAGCUGUAGAUGGUUUUAGUCACAUUCUACCAUUGGCGUGUGCUAUAGUGGAGUCGGAGAACAACUCUAGCUGGGAGUGGUUCAUGGAUAGGUUGAGGAGCUUGGUGGUUGGUCGGAGGCACGGGAUAUGUAUCAUUUCUGAUAAACAUUUAGGGAUCAUGGCAGCUAUGCAGAAGGAGGGAUGGUGUGAGCCACUUAAUCAUCAUCGGUACUGUGUGAGACAUUUUGCCACAAACUUUGCCACCAAAUUCAAGAAAGCUGGAUUGAAGGAUAGAUUGGUUGAGUUGGCAUAUCAGGUCCAGCCUAAGAAAUUUGAACUACUAUGGGGUGAGUUGUUGGCACUAGAGCCUCGAGCACUUGCAUGGUUUGAGGACAAACCAGUAAGGAACUGGUCACUGGCACAUGACUACGAGCAUCAUCGUUUUGGCAUCAUGACUACCAACCAUGCUGAGAGUUGGAACAAUGCAAUUGUCGAUGCUCGGAGGCUCCCGCUUACUUCAUUGGUGCGAGUACUAUUCCAUAAGACGGUUGAGUACUUUGAUCAACGUCGCCUUGAGAUUGCAACACAAGUAUCGAAAGGUAAUAUUUUCACCAAAUAUGCAUCCCAUCUCUUGAACCGUGCUGUAAGACGUUCCACGGGUCAUAGUGUGAAGAUAUUUGAUCGGGGGACUUGGUUAUUCCAAGUAGUUACAAGGAAGGAUGGGUUGAAAGGGGGAAACACACACACGGUUCGUCUUAUGGAGUCUAGUUGUACUUGUGGAAAAUUUCAAGCUUAUAGAAUCCCUUGCUCCCAUGUAAUUGCAUGUUGUUCACAUGUGAGGAUGGACUUCCAUGGGUUUGUUGGUGAUUGGUAUAAGUUAGAGAACCAAUCGAAGAUUUAUAAUGGUAUCUUUGAGCCAAUUCCAAACAAGGGUGAUCCUCGAUAUCCUACCGAGCUUGCUUUCCCGAGAGUUGUGCAUGACCCCGAUAUGGAGAAGAAGAAGGGCCGAAGAAAAUCAACGAGGUACAAGAACGAGAUGGAUUUCCAGAGCCGGGGAAAGCAUGGAGGGACUUCAUCGAGAGAUAGUUGA